AUGGAGGAGUCUAGCCGCAUUCAUAUUACUAUGACCGCUGGAGAGUAUGAGCUCUUCAAGGAGGCCAAAAGAUUGGCAGCCUCUGAGAAGCAAGCAACUGUUUCACGACCACGACAAGCUCCUGCAGAAGCUUCCAAGGAGCCCCUCCCUGUUUCGGAUCGGGGUUAUAAAAGAAAGCAGCUGGAGGUAUUUCCUCAAAUUCCUUAUUGUGAGCCUGGCGUGGGAUAUUAUCAGCCAGAGCCUCAAGGGCAAAGCCUUAAGAAGGAGCAGCCUCAAGCCUCUAUGGCUGAGAGUUUUUUGUCGCGAGAUUCGAAGAAGGGGAAGGUCUUUGUCGCACCUGAGGUGUUCCCUGAAGAUCCGGACGAGAAAGUACCUUUCUCGGCCAGGAUUCUAAAUGAGAGACUGCCUAAAGGAUACAGAGCCCCGUCGAUCGGAGAGUAUGACGGGAGCAAAGACCCAGAAGAACACUUGCGAAAAUUAAAAAAUGCAGCCCUGCUGCACCAAUACAGCGAUGCUGUCAAAUGCAGAGUCUUCUUGAAUACUUUAGUUGGCUCGACCUUAAAGUGGUUCGAUGGGCUACCUCAAGGGUCCAUUACCUGUUUUCUAGACUUCAAAACGGCUUUUCUACGCCGAUUUGCUAGCAGCAAGAAAUAUCAGAAGACGGAUCAUUGCCUCUUCGCUCUGAAGCAAGGGCCGACUGAGCCUUUAAGGAGUUAUAUCAACCGCUUUAAUCAACUGCUUCAUACAUCAAAGUGGAAGAGGCACAAGCAGCUCGGAGGAAGGCUGAAAAAUCACCUCCCUCCGCCAAUAGGCAAGAAAGAAGGGUACCUCAACCACCACCUCAACCUCUACCGCGAGCCCGGGAGGCCAAACUUGCAUUUCACCCCGGGCCGGAAGUCAGACCCGCACCUCGAGUUGCCGCCGUGCAUGUUCCCCGACCAGGGCCAUGGAAUAAUCGGUACUUUCGCGCGAGACUCCAAGCGGGCUGCUGAGAUGGGUUUACGUCCACCCGAGCUAGCUCCUCAAUUGAUCAAGAUGAUGGAAGAGCAAAGGGGGGUGACUGGACAGGCUGGGCAUUCUCGCCCGGACCUCGCAGGACCCAGUACUCAUCAGCCUGGCCGGGGAAAAGAGCCAGAAGGAUCAUGGGAGGCUGAGAAUAGAGGUAAUGCUGUUGUCAGAGAGAUCGACAUGAUCUCUAGAGGGCCAACGGACGGAGAUUCAGGGAGAGCACGCAAGUCUCAUGUCCGUCGCUUGGAGGUUCACAUCGUCGGAUGCAGUCAAGAGCAAGCCGCCGACUCUGUUAUUAGUUUCAGGCCAACAGACCUGGAGGGCCUGGAGUUUCCUCAUAACGAUGCACUCAUCAUCAAGGCCAUCAUUGCCAAUAGCCGAGUGGCUCGGGUGUUCGUUGAUACUGGGAGCUCGGUCAACAUUCUAUUCAGGACCGCAUUCGAAGAAAUGCAAAUUGAUGCUGCUGAACUCCAGCCGGUGGCCACAUCUCUAUACGGAUUUAUAGGCAACGAAGUAAAACCUAUGGGUCAGAUUAAGCUGGUCAUAUCUUUAGGCACUGAGCCGUUAGUGCACACCAGGAGGAGCACUUUCAUAGUCGUGGACUCCCCUUCUUCUUACAAUGUCAUUUUGGGAAGGCCUGCCCUGCAUGAAUUUAGGGCUGCUGUCUCGACCUUCCAUUAA